UGAUGAUACAUCGCACGGACUCGUUUGUAGUGCGGUUUACAUGCUACACCUUUCCUCUCGUCGCCUCGCUAACCGGUGUACCACUCUGCUCGAUCGUGUGCCGCUACAACCUUCUCGAACAGGGUGUAUUUUUCGCUUAAAUUAAUAUAUUUUGAUAGUACAUCUACAACUACAUUUGUUUUUGUUUUAGUUUUGUCAUUCAUCUUCAUGAUUCUCAGAGUUUGAAUUGGCUACGGCGCAAAUGGAAGGCAUGAAAUGUUGCAUAAGGAGUGUGUCUAUAAGAGGACAGUCAAUUAUCAAGAUCCUUAAAUUUCAGUUGCCAACAUCAAGAAUUGCUUCUAGCAUUCCACUUCCUGUUCCUGGACACGAUAUUAACUACAUCGUCGAGCACACACUAACACCAUCAUCUACAUCAUAUCAUCAACAGCUGUGCAAUUCACCAUGGGUUGCGAACUUCUGGUCGAUUCUGAUACCGUGGUUAGUGUCGAUUCCCCUGCAAACAAUGUCCCACGGCGAGGGGACGCAGAGCUUUUUGACAUGCGGCUCUCUGGUUUUCGGGACAUUUGUCAACUUCGUGAUCCCUUUCUUCACUUUCCUCAAGUAUAACGAACUCUUCUUGACAAACGGGGAGAUCGGGUACUACUGCUAGUUGCUUAGAAAGUCGUCAACAUAUUUGUUACUGGAACAGCUGCAGCGCAAUGCGAAAUGAGCUAAUUUGAGAAGUGUUUGAAAAUUCGAAGAUUUUUCCAAAAGAAAAAUUCAAAUAUUAUAUAUAUAUAUGAUGCGGACCUUCCUUGUGUUUGCUGACUUUAUGCAAGUCGCCCAUCAUCCUCUGAGGCGAGCAGGUGCCGGCGGGGCUCGUUGUGCAGGAUCCAUCACCUAACCUAACCUUCCUUGUCUUGUCUAUGAGACCUUGAACCUUGUCUGCGUGUCGUUUCUAUGUAUUUCCUGAUCUAUCUAUCCGCUCACAAAGAUCUCAAACUAUGAGUUAGCUUCUCUCGUCAGAUAUACAGAGGCGAGCCAUCUUUUGGAAGACCGGAGCAGGAAAGCACACUGGGGCGUCUCUCACAGGCUGAUUUCACGACAGAGGAUGCAGCAGCUAGCACACGGAUGUCUUCUUUUUACGACAUGCAGUUUUCUGAUCAGCAUCGCCACUAUAGCGGUGGACGGUGUGUCCGACUGA